AUGCUAAAAGAAGCACUUCCGAGACAGCUCGGUGCACCAAAUCCUGUUUCCCUACUAUGCAUUGCUUUGACUACGCUACUUCCUUGCCUAACAUCUGCAUUUCCUAUGGGCUUAAGAUUGGCUGCCUCUGCCGAUGAUAAGUUCUCUAUUACCCACCACAGUCCUCUCACUGAGACUCAAUACUGGACCUAUAUGAUCACUUCCUUUGCCCUUGUUCUCAUGGGUGGUGUAUUCUCAGGUCUUACCCUAGGUCUUAUGGGUCAGGAUGAGGUCCAUUUGAAAGUCAUUUCCCAAUCCGGUAGCCUUAAAGAGAGGCAGUACGCCGACACUGUACUAAAUUUACUUGCUAAGGGAAAACACUGGCUAUUGGUUACUUUAUUGUUGGCCAAUGUUCUCACCAAUGAGACUCUCCCUGUUAUUUUGGACAGAUUCCUAGGAGGAGGAUUUGCCGCUGUGUUCGGUUCUACCGUAUUGAUAGUCGUCUUCGGUGAGAUUAUUCCACAAUCCAUCUGUGUUCGGUAUGGUCUUCAAAUCGGUGCCUUUUUCUCUCCGUUUGUCGAGAUCCUUAUGUAUAUCAUGUAUCCUGUUGCUUUUCCUAUUGCCAAGCUAUUGGAUUAUAGUUUGGGUCAGGACCACGGAAUUCUUUAUGGUAAGAGUGGCCUAAAGACCCUUGUCAAUUUACACCAUACGAUGGGGGUGGAAAGAUUGAGUCAGGACGAGGUUACCAUCAUCAAUGCCGUUCUUGACUUGAAAGACAAGGCCGUUGGCGAAGUUAUGACACCUAUCGAAAAGGUGUUUACUUUGCCCUCGGAUACCAUCUUGGAUGAAUCUAUCGUGGAAGAGAUUUUCAAUGCCGGCUUUUCUCGUAUUCCCAUACACUUGCCUGGCGAACCUACAAAUUUCGUUGGUAUGCUUCUUGUACGUAUUUUGAUCAGUUACGACCCAGAUGAUGGAUUGCCCGUCUCUUCGUUUCCCCUAGCUACUCUUCCCGAGACGGGCUACUACACUUCCUGCUUGAACAUUUUAAACUAUUUCCAGGAGGGUAAAUCGCAUAUGGUGGUUGUUAGUGAAAGUCCUGGAAUGGAUACCGGUGCCAAAGGUGUCGUGACACUAGAAGAUGUCAUCGAGGAAUUGAUUGGUGAAGAGAUUGUGGAUGAAAGUGAUGUUUACGUUGAUGUCGAUCGUAAUAUUAAGCGUUCUAUACCUGGGCCACUAGCCAAGCGUAACAUCGUUCACUAUCUUCAUAACUUAUACAACUCAGGACACGAGCAUUCACAUGAAGAACCCUCAGAUGUUUUCACCUCUCCUCUAUCUCCAAUUGAGGGAAGGGACUCUCAAACUUCAAGUUCCUACAUAUUAAAGAAAGAUUUCGAAGAAGAAGUUGCCACGAAAAAGGCUCAGAGUGUCGCCGAGGAAAUGGCUCCUCUUCUGGGAUUGCACGAUACCCAUGGUAUAGCAAACGUUACUCAGAAAUUGGUCGAAGGUCCACAGAACUCUGCUGAGUCCAAGGUUGCGUCUCCAGAUCUUUCAAGAGCUCCGUUAUUACUUCCGUUGAGUCGAGUGGAACCUAUCACCAUUACAAAGGGUAUCAAGCCUUCAAAUUUGGCUGCCAAUCCACUUCAUACCAACAACGAACACAUUACCAUCAAAAAGCAGCCGAAACUUGUUCCUCCAGUGACUGGUGUGUUCCAAGAAGUGUCAUCAUCUCAGGAUGGAUACAUACCAACCGCGAAGAACAAGUAUGCUUUGAAGGCAGAUGCAAGGGCUAGACUCGCUUCAGAGAAUAGAUUCAACUACGGUAGUGCUGGGACAAGUCCGGCCGGAUCACCGUUGUCUAGGCCAGUUACACCACCAGGAGUCUACGAUACUGAGGUGUCUGCAUUUGUCAAGGGCGUGUCGGACAAUGUGCUGAGACGCAAGGCCAGACCGAUGAAGGAUGGACGUACAGGUACAGGUACGGAUACAAGUCCAGGUGCGAGGAAUAAAUCAGCUGCAGCUAUAGAGCUGGCUCGAUCUAACGAGAGUAUGAGAAGUCCGGGCAGUUUUGCGUCGAACGACUCGAAUAGUUCUGCAGGUAUCGUGGAAAGUAGCAUGGUUACAGAUAGUGGAUUUAGGAAGACGGUCAUCGAGGAAAGUGCGGGAGACGAUGAGGCAUUGAAUACAGGGGAACCGCGAGAUGUUAGAAGCGAACGCAGUAUCGAAAAUUAG